UUUCAUCAUUUUGUGAUUCACACUGUUUUAUUAUUUGUAAAUUUACAUUUUACAAAUUUUUUAGCUUUCAGAAGCCCAGGAUGUCUCACCUGAGAGAUGGACCAGGUCUUAAGUCUUCACACAGUUCUCUUACUGGUGGUGUGUGUCCUUCUCUCGGCACCCUGUUUUGAAGGUCUGCAUGUUGUUGGUCCGUCUCAGCCGAUAACGGCAACAGUUGGGGAUGAAACCGUUUUACCGUGCCACCUGGAACCGGCCACGGCAGCUUCAGGCAUGACCGUAGAGUGGGCGAGACCGGACCUGGACCCCAGGUUUGUCCAUGUGUGGCGGGACGGUGUGGAACUGGAGAGUAAAACACACCCGUCUUACAAGAGAAGAACGUCGGUGUUCCCUGACAAGCUGAAGCUCGGAGACGUUUCACUGAAUCUCUCCAAAGUGAAACUUUCUGAUGGGGGGACGUAUAAAUGCUUCGUUCCAGGACACGGGGACUCGUUAAUUCAGCUUGUUGUAGGUGCUGUUAGCUCACCUUUCAUAGUGAGUAUUAACAGAUCCUCCAGUGGCGUUGCUCUGCAGUGUGAGUCUGAAGGCUGGUAUCCAGAGCCUGAGGUGUCGUGGCUGGACGCUGAGGGAAACCUCCUCUCUGCUGGACCUACAGAGACCGUCAGAGGUCCUGAUGAUCUCUACACUGUCAGCAGCAGAGUCACUGUGGAGAAGAGACCCAGCAACAGAUUCACCUGUAGAGUCCAGCAGAAGGACACUAACCAGACCAGAGACACACAUAUUCAGAUUUCAGCCGAUUUCUUCACGGUGCCACCGAGUUCACCUGUUUGUGUCAACAUUGGUGUUAUUGCUCUGGUUAUUUUCAUUCUGUGUAGUCUGGCCGUUGCCUUUGCUUGGUGGAAAUGGAAAACAUCAAGGCAAACCCUGUAACUGAAGUCUGGGAUGGAACCGUCACGGAAAUGAAGGACAAGAAGAGUUUGUUAGUUACUACAAAAUGUAGAGGUCACUGUUCAAGCAAGUACUACACUGCGGUACUGGACCUUCCUUCUGUGAUUGUGACU